AGAAUUUCAAUAAUUAAUUUCAUUUUAACUAAUUAAUUUUUAAAUAUUCGUUAAUUUUUGUUAUUUUUUGGUAAGGAUAUUGAGGAAUGUAAUAGGUUUGGCUCCACGAAGGUGGAGGCCUCAUUGGCUUGUUUCCCGCCGUUUACGUGUUCACAAAUGGGCAAAAAGUGUUCGAUUGGGUUCAAAUUCAAAUCUGGACUUCGAGCUGGUUAUACCAAGCAUUCAACUCCAGCCUCAUACAGGUAAACCAUCACAGCAUGGUUGUGUCAUAGAAUGGUGAAUAUCUGUGAGCAUAGCUUGAAUGUGGAAAUGAAAAUACCUUGGCCUUGGAUUGUUGAUAAACUGUUUAACAGUUGAUAAACGCAUUGCAGGCAUAGUGAGGCAUUAAACACAACUCAAGGAAACUGUUCAGUAAAUUAACAAAAUAGAAAAUGGAUCCAUAUUUUGUAGGAAAGCGAAUUCUUGUUACAGGAGCAGGCCAAGGAAUAGGAAGAGAAAUUGCAAAGACAUUAGCAUCUCAAGGAGCGAAUGUUACAGCUAUUUCUAAAUCAGAAGGACCUCUUAAUUCGCUAAAACAAGAGGAACCCAGAAUUAACGUUAAGCAAUUAGACGUUACAGCUGACAAUGUAAGAGAUGUUUUAGAAAAACUUGGGCCGUUUGACUGUUUAGUCAACAACGCUGGUGUUGCGAUUCUUGAGCCUUUUCUUCAAGCUACAGAAGACAGUUUUGACAAAGUAUUUGCAGUUAACUUGAAAGCAGUUUUUACCAUAAGCCAGUUGGUCGUGCGGCAGAUGGUCAAAAACAAUAUCAAAGGGAGUAUUGUUAACAUUUCUUCUCAAGCAUCUAAGUCGGCCUUGAGAGAUCAUGCAAUUUACUGCAGUUCAAAAGGAGGUUUGGAUAUGCUGAGCAAAGUGAUGGCUCUUGAGCUGGGGGAGUAUGGAAUAAGGGUCAACUGUGUCAACCCGACCGUCGUACUAACAGCCAUGGGGAAGCUUGGCUGGGAAGACCCUUCAAAAGGAAAUCCAUUGAAGGCAAGAAUUCCACUUCAAAGAUUUGCAGAAACGUAUGAAGUGGUCAACGCUGUUUUGUUUUUAUUGAGUGAUAAAUCUUCUAUGGUGAAUGGAACUACUUUGCCUGUCGAUGGUGGUUAUUUGGCAACUUAACCGAUUUCAAUAAAGGGAUUUCUUUCCUUGCAUGAAGAUUCCACAUGAGACGCUUAUUGCUGUACAGUCCUAUAUAGCGAACAGUCAUGGGUAGAGGAAUACAGGAUGAAGGAUU